AUGCAAAUAUUAGGAUUUGCAAACUGCAACUUCGACAUUGACCAUAAACUGACACUCUUUAACGAUGGCAAUAGCCUGGUUGGCGUAGUGGAAAACGACCUCUUGAGACCAUAUGUUUUGAUUGGUUCGAAGCUCUUCAAAUUCCACCAAUGGCAAAGCCGUUGGAUAAAGGACGGUGAGCGAUCAUCAGAACAUUCCAUAAAUGGCCAAUUUUUCGAUUGGGAAUCUCAUAUGAUUUUCUACGAUGCAAAGUAUCUCACUUUUGAAGAAGCCUCUAAACAUGAGAAUGGUGUGGCGAUUUUUGCUCGUUUUGGAAAAGUAAUCGCAGGCCUAACAGAGGGAAUCCUGGAUAAUGUCCUGUCAGUAAUAAAUAAUAUUCUACGUCCAGGCAAUGUGACAUAUGUUAUCGGGUUCCCGUAUAGUUAUCAGGGUUCCCUCACAACGCCAGCAUGUUCGCCAGGUGUGAAUUGGUACAUCAUUGGCGAACCAAUUGAAUUAACUGAGAAGAAUUAUGAGGCGCUUUGGAGUAUGCGCGAUGACAAUGGAAAUCCAAUUAUUACAAAUGUACGAUAUUUGCAAAAAGUGGGCCCACGAGAUGUAUUUGGAAGCAUUUAAUUUUUUCUCUAUGGAAAAAGCAAUCUACAUAUAAAAAUACUAUAUUUAACCUUAUUAAUAUAAAUAUAAAUAUUAU